AUGGGCACCGCGGUGGCAUCACGAGAGCGAUCGUGCCUCUUCUUUGGCGGGAGCAGCUCGGGUUCCACCUGGGGAGCCUUUCCCUUCUCCACGGCAGAGAACCUCCUCACCGGCGCCAUGAACGCUCUGGCAAGACGUUCCUUGAAAUCCUAAUUUUCCUACUUGCCAUAACAGGAAGAAGAAAGCACUGAGGAUGAGGAGGAUGAAAAGGAGAUAGCACAGGGGGAAGCUAUCUCCUGGCUUUUUGUGUUGACUAUUUGGAUUUCAAUUCUCUCUGGGUACCUGGUAGAUGCCAUACAGGGGGCCUCUGAAUCAUUAAACAUGCCACUGGCCUUUAUUAGUGUUAUUCUGCUUCCUAUCGUGGGGAAUGCUGCUGAGCAUGCAAGCGCCAUUAUGUUUGCCAUGAAAAACAAACUUGACAUUACAUUGGGUGUCGCCAUAGGGUCGUCAACACAGAUAUCUAUGUUUGUGAUUCCAUUCUGUGUGGUAAUUGGCUGGAUGAUGGGGGAAGAGAUGGACUUGAACUUUCAAUUGUUUGAGACAGCAACUCUUUUUAUAACAGUACUUGUGGUGGCAUUUAUGCUACAGGAAGGCACGUCGAACUAUUUUAAAGGCCUUAUGCUCAUAUUAUGCUAUCUCAUAGUUGCCGCAAGCUUUUUUGUGCACGUUGAUCCCAAAUCAACAGGUGACAACAAAUGACAAGUUCCCAACAGAACUGUGAAGUGAUAGGGAAGGCUACUAUCAGAAUUGCAGAUUUAGCAUGUAGCAAUGUAGCACCCGCGGAUUCCUGAGUUUGAAGAACUUGCUGGUAGCAGCAUCCCACAUUAAGGCUUAAGUUUCAGCUUGAAAUCACAAGGCGCUGAUGCGGCUUUUUUAAGAUAGCAACGGCAUCACCCUUCGAGAAACUGUAACUAUAUGGAAUAGCGCACGAGGACCACUAGUCUGUAUUUGCUGUAAGCUACACCUGGUUGCAGUUUUGAUGAUGUUGUUACAGUUUGCAAAGGAACUGACUACACUCUGCAGUCCAAGGGACACUGGUAGUUAUGUAAAUGUUCUAUCACCGAAUAUAAUAUGGAAUGGAUUUGUUAUGUCA